AACAAGAAAUUAUUAUUAUAAUUUUCCAAAACCCCCCCAACUUUCUCUCCUCUUUCUCUCUCUUGGUGUUUUGGGCUUCCACAGCAAGCUCUCCCCUCGUCUGUAAGAUUAGGGUUGAUCGCCGUCGAAAACCCUCCAAUUAUUUGCUAAUAUUACUUAAUUCUCUUCAAGUUUUUAUCGACAACUUCAUGUUCCGCAGUUAUUUCGCCAACUGUCAAAUUUUGAGUUGAAUUUUGCGUUUGAUUUGGCGGUAAUUCGAUGGAGGAUUAUGCGGAUAGUGAUAAUGAGUAUUACUAUGAUGAUGCUGAUGAAGAUGACGAUGAUCGCGAUUCUUUGAAUUUGAUUCAUGUUGUUAAUAAUAAUGUCUCUCUCACUCAAGGCACUGGUUCAUCCAUCAAGGUGAUCAGAAGGGAUUCCCUUCGAGCGGCGCAGACCGAAGACUUGCGCAGAAUAAUGGAUCUGUUGUCAUUGAAGGAGCAUCAUGCAAGAACCCUUCUUAUACAUUAUCGUUGGGAUGUUGAAAAGAUAUUGGCAGUGCUCGUGGAAAGAGGAAAAGACAAAUUGUAUGUGGAAGCUGGUGUCAGAGUGAUAGAACAUGCUAAAAAUCCUUGUUCUUCAUCUUCUUUUCUCCAAUGUGACAUUUGUAUAGAAGAUCGACCUGCCAAUAAGUUUACGACGAUGGAUUGUGGUCAUUACUUCUGCAAUGAUUGUUGGACAGAGCAUUUUAUUGUGAGAAUAAAUGAAGGUCAGAGUAGACGUGUUAAAUGCAUGGCACAUAGAUGCAAUGCGAUUUGUGACGAUGGGAAAAUAAGAAAUCUGGUUAGUAUGAGAGAUUAUGCUGCGGCUGAAAAAUUUGAUCGCUUUCUUCUGGAGUCCUACAUUGAUGAUAACAAAAGGGUUAAGUGGUGCCCAAGUGUUCCCCAUUGUGGGAAUGCUAUACGUGUUGAAGAGGAUGAUUAUUUUGAGGUUGAAUGUGCAUGUGGUCAUCAAUUCUGCUUUGGCUGUUCAUCUGAAGCACACUCACCUUGCUCAUGUCUGAUGUGGGAGCUUUGGUUGAAGAAAUGCCAGGAUGAAUCAGAGACAGUUAAUUGGAUCACAAGCCACACUAAGCCUUGUCCUAAAUGUCACAAGCAUGUGGAAAAGAAUGGAGGAUGCAAUCUUGUUGUAUGUGUUUGCGGUCAAGCAUUCUGUUGGCUUUGUGGCGGAGCUACUGGUAGAGAGCAUACGUGGUCUUCUAUUGCCGGUCACAGCUGCGGGAGAUUCAAAGAAGAUGAUCUACAAAAGGCUGAGCGUGCAAAGACAGAAUGGCAUCGUUAUAUUCACUAUCACAAUCGUUAUAAAGCUCACACCGAUUCCUAUAAACUUGAAGCUAAGCUGGAGGAAACUAUUCAGGAAAAGAUAUCAAGUUUGGAAGACAGGGAUACAACAUCUAAGGACUUCAGCUGGGUGACAAAUGGACUCUACCGAUUGUUUAGGUCCAGGCGUAUUUUGUCAUAUUCAUACCCAUUUGCUUAUUAUAUGUUUGGUGAUGAGCUGUUUAGCAAUGAAAUGGCAAAGGUGGAAAGAGAAAUAAAAAAGAACUUGUUUGAAGACCAGCAACAGCAACUGGAGGCGAAUAUUGAGAAACUCUCAAUGUGCCUGGAGGAGCCAUUUCAUACUCUUGAAGAUGACAAAGUUUCAGAAACAAGAAUGCGGAUAAUAACUAUGACGACCAUAGUUGACAACCUAUGCAGGAAAAUGUAUGAAUGCAUUGAAGGUGAUUUGUUAGGACCUCUCGAGCGCACAAUCCACAUAAUAGCCCCGUAUAGGUCGAAGGGGUUGGAGAAAGCGUCAGAACUUUCUGAUUGGCGGAACCAGAGUAAUACUAGUGACAGAAAUGCCAGCUCAAACGGAGUGAAGGGGUCAAACGAGUCAUCUACGGGCUUGGUUCUGAAUCAAAUUGAGAGUGGAUGCUCUUCGAGAAAACGUGCUAGGGCAGAAUCUUCUAGUUUGGGUCUGAAUCAAGUUGAGAGUGGAUGCUCCUCCAGCAAACAUGCUAAUGCAGAUUUUGAGGAUAGAUUUUUUGAUUUGAACUUGCCUGCUGAUAUAUGAUCAACAACAGCUGAUUUAUUCGUAUCUAACAUGAAAGGAUUUUGAUAUAUAUAUAACCCGUAGCCUGGAGUGUGCAACUACUGAUUCUGAUGCCUAGACAUCUGGAACUACAAAUGUUAAUAACCUCCUUUUUGGUACUAGACAAGGCCUAAUAUGUACAGGGCCUUAGAGCUUAGAAUGCAGGAAUUAUGUAAAGUUCAGCAGUAUUACUUAAUUCAGAGUAUGAUAUUUUAUUAUAAAGCUUUAAUUUAUCUA